UUCUAUUCUGGCAGUUCGCCGUGCACUUUCUCGGUUGCGUAGACUAAUGUAAGUUCACGUAUUAACGCGCAAACAUGUGGGGUGUUAUACCGCAGUUAAUACCAGCUGAUGAAGACGGUGUAAAAUUUUGACACUUAUUACAUUUCGUGCUGAGAAUUGAGUGAUCACGGGUGUAGUGCUUCUAUAAACUGGGGAGGCAUUUUAUAUAAGGUCUACUUGUGAUACAGUAAGAAACAGUUGUGUUCUCGAGUUACGAGUUGUGCGUUGCGUUGGGAGUGUUUAUGUGUAUUGAGUAACAUCACUGACAAAAACAUUUCUCAAUCAGUUGUACCUGAAGAGACGCUGAAUGUAUUGGGACAGGGACGCACCGCCUUCUGCUAGUCAACAGCUGCCUACAAUUAGUACCACCCAAUACCUGUACUGCAGUGGCAUUUCGCAGUUUAAACCUUUAGGCGUAUGCCAAAGGGCAUCGUCACGCCGUAGGUUCUUCUGGAUCCCCAAACGUGAACGCAAGAGGACUGCGCCAUCUGUUCAUCAGGGGUGUGACGUUACCUGCAGUCAGAGUUGGCUCCUUAUUAGCAAGAACAUUUUGUUGCCUAAAUUACAGCUAGAGUGAAGGCCCACUUUGUGUACAUUUUAAGUGAGGGAACGUUGUUUAAUCUAUUUCCAGUACGUACACUCACCACUGCAGGUUACCACGGAUAUUAGACAUUUGGCAUUUACUGCUAUAGUAAGUGUUCACGACAUGCAGGAUUAAUUGUUAAUGAGUUCACUGAGGAUUUCUGGUGGAGUGGUAUACUUUUGCAUCUCUAGUCAUGUCUGUCUGGUUGAGGAGGUGCAGAUAGCUUGUGAGUCCUUUUACCUGAAGGACUCCUGGAGUCUCAAGUGCAUACUUCGUCUUUGUGCAGCCAUUUUACCAAAUUAUAAUUUAGUUACUGGGGUUUCCCAUAAUAGUUUGUCCGCUUUUGCGCGGCUCAGUCAUCAUCUUGUGAUAAUAUUUGAUCUCGCUUGCUACGACAACCUGAAUUUCGUUUUUAUUUUGUCACCCAAAGUUGUCAUGGUGAUGGUCGUGUAUAGAGCUAGAAGGUUUUGUGAGCAGAAGAAACAACAGAGUCGACAGAGAAAAAGUCGUCGUGCUGAAGAUCGUGCCCCGUAUGUCCCUACUGCUGCCAUCAAACCUCCUUGUAUAGAAACUCAAGCGCGGAGCUGGUGUGUUGAUCCAGAAUUACAUCAGUUGGCACUCAGUGCAAAAGAGAUCACAGUCCUUGAAAGAAGCUGAAUUAAUAGUAAUAUCACAAGGACGUAUUCUAAGAUACAGAUUCCUUCAAGAAGCUGAAAUAGUAGUGAUUUUCAAGAAAUACCAACUUCACCUACUAACGAAGUAGUAUUACAUAUGUUUAACUACUGCUUUCUGCAAAUAUUUUGUUUGGUCUUAUUUGUAAGUUAUCCAAAAUACAGUAACAGUGUUCAUGUGAAUUUUUUCACAUCUAUUAGAAGCCAAAUAAUGUUUCACGUGACUGGACAACUGGCAUCUGUUACAUAAUCUCUGCAGAACAGUUCCAGUUUUCGUUUGUAAUAGUGAAGACCAAACAUCACAUUCCAGCCAACAUUGUAACGAAAUUUUUGUACUAACACGGUAUCAAAAUCUCAGAAAAUUGUUUCAUAUACAGAGUCUUCUCUCUGUUUUACUCCUAGACACAGUGAGUGUUUUAAUUUAAUGCUCCAAUGCUGGGAGAUCCUCCAUAACUACAGCCAUCAAAUGCGUGUCCUCAGAGGCAUGGAAGUUCAGGUCAUACUAAAUGAUGUGGCUGGAAUCAUGGAUCUACACUUCCCAGAUAAUAGCCCGAUAGAAACGUCUACACAAGUCACUGUAUGUAACAAAGAACAAGUUGGAAACAAAGAUCGAACCUGGUCAGACCCAAUAAGCCCUGCUUCAAGCUCUAAUGAAAUAGUGUCAGAUGAUAAUGGAUCGGAUGAUCUUUUCUCCUGGCCUAAUGAAUUGAAAUUGGCUUUGGAUAACGUUAAGAAUAACCUGGCUCUAGCUGUUAAUAACACUUCUGCGUCUGUGAGCAGUGGGAUAACAGUUUCUGGAGGACGGAAGAGGAAAAUGUGGGAUAACGCUGAUUCCCCAAUUGCUAAAGUGCCGACCCCCCCACAGAAUAGGCAGCAGAUGGUGGUUGCUGAGCCACUGAUGGUCGGAGACUGCACUAGUGACGGCAGUGCCAAGAUGAUAACAACACUCACUCACUUCAAGGACAACAAGGACCCCCUGUCUGAAGUUUCAGCCCCAGUUGUGAGUGGCGCAGAUCAGCACAGGGACAGAGUCAAGAAGGGAGAUUCAGGGUCAUCUGCCAGCAGGAUGAACAGCUGGCAGGUGGAGGACAUCGCCGACAAUCUUGCAGCCGACCUUGAUGGCAGUCUGUCCGGGCUCGGGGUCGAUCUGAGCGCAGCACCGUAUAAUAUGAGUGAGGCCCUUCUUGCACUGCCAUCUCUAACUGUGUUCAAACAGGAGGCCCCAUCACCAUCAUCACAAAACGAUGCUGGCCCAAAAUUUGUCAAGAGGCUCAUACGUGUCCCUGCAAGUCCCUUCCAGUUCAUCACUGAAAAUGACUCAUUCAAUAUUAGGUUGCAACAAGCCUCUCCAAACCCUGGUGUGGGUGAGGCAGAUUCCAACACCCAUACCAACAACAGUAGCUCCAAGAACGUUCCUGUCAGCAAGAGCAGCAGCAGUGGAGGCAGUUCUCCACUUCACCAGUUGUUACAACACAGCACUAAUGCUUUCAGCAGUAAUGUGUCUACAACUGUUCUGUCCAGUUCACCAACUCAGCAUCUCCAGCUGGACUCCUGUGGAUCAGUGAACCAGGCCAUAGUUGGAAGCACUACAAAUACUCAUCCAGUUCUAAGUCAUGUUGAGAAUUUCCAGCCACGCAAUACUGGCUUGGUUACAACCACAUCCUCACUCUUGAAUGGCUCCUCUGCUCAACAGGAUUUGGGUGUGGAUUGCAGAUUCCAGUAUGUCCUUGCAGCAGCCACUUCUAUUGCCACAAAAGUGAAUGAAGAAACACUUACUUACUUAAAUCAGGGGCAAUCAUAUGAGAUCAAGUUGAAGAAACUGGGAGAAUUGUCUGCUUACAGAGGAAAGAUCCUUAAGAGCAUGAUUCGAAUCUGCUUCCAUGAGCGCCGGCUGCAGUACAUGGAACGUGAGCAGAUGGCUGCAUGGCAGGCAUCACGUCCAGGAGAUCGCAUUGUGGAAGUUGAUGUACCCCUCUCAUAUGGUAUAUAUGACGUUGUUCAGGAUCAGUACUUGCUGAACACUGUUGAGUUCUUGUGGGACCCCACCAAAGAAGUUGGAGUGUACAUCAAGGUGAACUGCAUUAGCACAGAGUUUACCCCAAAGAAACAUGGUGGAGAGAAGGGGGUUCCAUUUCGAAUCCAGGUUGAGACUUACUUACAGGGGGAGGGAACGCUAAGGAGAUUACAUGCUGCAGCAUGCCAGAUCAAAGUUUUCAAGCUGAAAGGUGCUGACCGUAAACACAAACAGGACCGAGAGAAGAUACUGAAACGUCCACCCCUGGAGCAGGAAAAGUUUCAGCCCUCAUAUGACUGUACAGUGCUCAAUGAUAUUCCUACGGAAUCUCUGACUCCGACCCCUCUCAGUUCUGCAGUAACAUCUACCAGCCCCAGUGCAGCUAGCUUCAGCCCACAGCAGUCUGACAACCAUGGGAGCCAGCAGAGAGGAGGUCGUGGCACUCCAACAGACAGCAAUUCUGUGGCACCUGUGGCCAUUGUGACAGCCAAGGAGGAGCGCAACAGCCAGCCAGUAGUGGCUAAUUUGGCUGCACUUCCAGCACCAGCUACCAGUGCUGUGUUGCCAGAACCUCAGCCUCUUCAAACUGCUUCUGACUUACCGGUGUACCUCCAGCCUCUACCCAGUGAAGCCACAGCACAGCAAACUGCACAGUGGCUGCAGUCCAAUAGGUUUGGUUCUUAUCUACGGGUAUUCGCCAGCUUCUCAGGGGCAGACAUUUUACGACUCUCCCGUGAUGAUCUGAUUCAGAUUUGUGGCCUACCUGAUGGAAUACGUCUCUUCAAUGCUCUGCAUUCUAAGGCCAUUGUCCCUCGCCUGACACUCUACCUGUGUGUGGAGCAGAGCUCAGUGUACCAUGCCCUUUACUUGGACAGCUUGUCUUGUGCUGAGAUGGCUAGCAAAUUGGCUCAGCUGAUGGGCAUUACAGCUGAUCAGAUACAUGACAUAUAUAUGCAAGGACCUGGAGGAAUACAUGUCCUUAUUACUGAUGAUGUUGUGCGCAACAUCAAGGAUGAAGCCAUGUUCACCAUUGAAAUAUUGCAAGAUCAGUCAGGAGAGAGAUACCGACUCCUGUUGAAACCUGCUUCACGCUGAGACGAAGUCUCAAAAAUGAAUCGCUCAUUGUAUUAUUCAUGCCAUCACAUUAAAAUAAAUAAGUUACAUUAUAAUUCCCUUUCUCCCCAUAAUUUGAGAAUAAAUGUUAUGUCUUAGGAGUACCACAUGUUGUGUAGAUGAGAAAGAGCAUGUGAUAUAAAUAAUUACAAGUUAUAUGAGUCAGAGAAGAAUCACAUACCAAACUUUAUUAAUUCUGUGACUGAAGUACUACAUUGUUAGAGUUGCAUAUUUCCAGACUUUGUUGUAUUAUAAUUUUAAUUUUGAUGUUCGUCUAAGAAACUGCAUUGUGACCAAAAAAUUGUUCUUUUACUGAGUCAAAACUUCCAAAUAAAUACAGCUCAGGAUAAUCAUUAACUUGUAAAGUAGUCAAGUUGCAUAUGCAUGAGUAACUGAUACAUGUUGAUUUUCCAAAUAAUUAUGCCUAAAAUGAAUAUCUUUUAUGUAAGGUGCAUGUACAAGUGAUGAUUUCAGAAUGUCACAUCACAUGUGUGGAAAUAUUUACAGAAUUUUUGCAGAGCAUGAACCUUAGGUUUUGAGUUCUUUGUGAAGGCAUGCUGACAGGUAAUCUUGGCAGAAGAUACUACACAUGGCUGCUUCCAUUGCUAUGUUUAUUCUUUUUUCCUGUAUUAAAAUGCUGUUUGUAAGACACCCAACAAGUAUGAAGAUGUGGAUUUCACUCAGUGGGACUUGCUUUUCUGCACUGAAAAGUAAUUAGCAAGAACAGAUUAAAAUUUUGUAAGAUUGAAGUUUCCAUGGUGACUGAAUAUCAUGAAGUCUUCUUAGGUGAUGAGCAUGUCAGUGUGGUGACUGCCCAACAUUUUUAAGACUGUUUGCCUCACAGACUAAUAAUGGAGGCAGAAAUGGUCACAGAGAUGUUGGAAACUCACUACAUACUGAUGGCUGCUGGCCUGAGGAGACUUCAUAGAGAAUAAUUUGUCGACUUUGUGAAAAGUAGGCAUUGAAGUUUGAAGCUUUUCACAGUCCAGCACAUACAUUAUUUUAACAGGACAUACAGAACGUGAUGCUUGACCUUCCAAAUGGUCUCUGGGUCAUAAUUUAUGUGCACAUGUAUUUCCCACUCAUGUAAAUAUGACUUCAUGAAUUUAUUGCUUUUGUUGGGGUAUGGAAAGAGAUUUUGUUAUUCAUCAGCAGGCAUAAUAUAGAGCAAGCAAGAAAGCAAGGCAAAGUUGAAGUUUAAUCAAAAUAAAAUUGUAAUACUGCUUAGAUGUUAAUGUUAUAAAUUUAUAGUUUUGUUUUGAAGUCUCUGUACUAGUUUCUGUGUUGUAUUUUACAUGUUUUGCUGAAUGUGAUUGUUUUUUGUUUUUUUUUUGUUUGUAACUGAAAGUACAAUUUAUUUUUCAGGUUAUUGCCAAAAUUAAUGGUUGCUUAUACUUAGUAUUGCUCAUUUGUACACAGAGGCAGAAGAGAUAGUGUCAGAUGCUUUUUGAAAUUUGUCGCUAUUAAAGCCAAUUUAAUUUUUUCAAGAAGAAAUACUUUAGUAAAUAAGAUCUAAAAGUUUGUGACAUUGGUAUAUUAAUAGAGUUAUUGACUUUCUGGACAUUAUCCAUGUCCAAAAUGUUCAUAAUUGUGUACAUGUCUUGGUGAAAGAAAGUAUAGGACAUUAGGUUCUCACAGCAGUGACUCUGGAGAAUACUGUAUUCUGGGUUGUAAUGCUAUGUACUCAUUGAGAAGUUCACCAAUAUUUUGGAGGAACAUUCUGCCUUCAUCUGAGAAGCAAACCAAGCAGAAGUGCCUGCUUCUUGCUGUCUACUUUCAUAGCAUACUCUUUGACCCUGAAAAUGAAGGCAGUCUGUUCAUCUGAAAUGUUGGUGAACUUCUAUCAGCUACACAGAAUUGAAUUCCAGUACACUUGGUAAGAAAGUGUAAUUCCUGUACCUUGAUUUGGUGUUUAUACUCAGUACACUUUCUUAUGCAGGCACUGUUAAUCAUAGCCUCUUCAUUUUCUAAAUCACAUCAGGCUGUGUAAGUAGAUAUUGAAACCAAACACAAUGAACCUACUGUUGGAGAAUGUAAACGUAAGAGUCAUAUAGUAGAGAAAUACUUCUCUUCUAACAGAGGUAUUUAUUCUAAAUUUGUCAGAACUGUGUUAUAAUUAAAGAGGUUGUUGGCAAGGGGCAUGAGUUCAAGAAAGUAAAUUUUACUGGACAGACAAAAAGUGAACAUAUUGAAACAGAACUUCCCAAGAACUUCAAGAUUAAGGGGACUGUUUACUUAACCUCACCCAUGCUGUUCUUAAUUAUAACUGUAUAGCUCCUAAAUCACACUUCAAAUUUGGGACUUGUGAUCAUGUCCAAGAAAAUGAUUGUUUGGAAUCAGUCUCAUUACAACAAAUUUACCUUUAAAAAAUAUUCUUUAUGUUAGAGCUUCUCUACAUGCUUGGAUUCAGAGGCACUCUACAAACAUGUAAGUCAGUAAGUAAGGCCACACAGGCUGCAACAGUUCAGACUCAAGGUCUUUACAAAUAGAACACAUUAGAUGGUUCGUAACUAGUACAGUGGAACUUUGGAAUCAUCCCAUUUUCUCGUGUAGUACAGGAAUGUAAUGUGUAUUUAAUUCAGUUUCACCAAAAUAUAAUUUAAUCAUGCCUUUUUCAAAAUGACCUCAGUGGUUCUCUUCAGAUAAUGUUUAUAAGUGAUGUGCAGUGUACAUAUUGAUUUCAUCAUGUAUGGAAGAGUGUUAGCAGAAAGUAGUAUGUGACUUCUUGUAUUUUACAUUAUAUGGUUACUUUUGAUUUGCUGAGAUGAAAUGCCAAUUUGGCUGGGACAUGUUCGAGUACCACUGUUUCCUUUCCACCCCUUUGCACCCCUUUAAUUAUAUUUUUGUUAUUCUGUCAGUGCCAUGGAAGGAACAGUUCUGCCACACAGAAAGGCAAACAGCAUUAUGGACAAAAUUAUUAUGUCACAUGUAGAGUAUUGUAGGAUUAAGGUUUUUGAGAAAUUCAAGAAGGAAAAACGAAAUGGUGUAUUAAAUGAAAAUAGAGUUUUAAAGGUGAAAUGAAAAGAUAAUGUACUUGGAUAGAAAUUCAGCAAAUUUCCUGAUCUUAUAGUGUGGAAAAUAUUGACCAGUAGUGAAUUACAAGUGUUUGAUUUAUCAGAUUUACUUUGUCGUGUUAGAUUUCAGUUUGCUGGAGUAAAAUGUGAUAAUCGAUUGAAUUGAAAUUAAAUAUGUGAUUCUACUUGUCAGUUUAAUUUCCUACACUCAGUUCAUACCAGCAUAACACAGUAAUCCAACUUUAAGAACCUCUAAUUACCAUUGUAAUAUGCAGGUGAUAGGUGAUGUUGGUGUCUCCUGUUUUGUAGUUCGUAGUAAUUAUACAUAUGUAAAGUAAUCUGCAUCAUGCCUCAUAGUUGAUAUUUAUGAAUGAAGUAAGUUCUCUGAGUUACGGUUCGUAGGUAGGUGGAAAACCACCUCUGAAUUUUGAAUAGUAUAAUUGACCAUGAAUUUAUAGUCAUGUUGAAUAUACUGAGUUAGUGAAGUGGAAUGUACCAGAGUAGUAUAUGUUGCUUAUAUUAAGAAUAUUUGUUAUUGAUGUAUAGGUAGAUUUUGUCACAUCUUAAUUAUUGGCUUUACAGGAAACAGCUUCAUUUAAUAAUGGUUGUAAUGAGAGUACUGUAAAUCACCACCAAGUCUUUAACAUUUUUUUAUACCCAGAGUAGUGAUGCAAAUGAGUUAACCCCUCAUAGGACAGUAGUAACUAUGUGUAUUGCUCACUUUGGUGUUAAAUAAUAGACAUUUUGUCUUCUGGAGAUUAUAUAUGGUGUUCACUUGGUUCCCAAAGCAAACUGAAAUCGUUUUGCUAAGCAGUAGUAACUGGCUGAUCAUUGUAAUGAGAUAUGUGUUUUUCUUGGAUGUAGGAACCAACUUUUAAAAGAUAUAAUAAGCUCUGCCUUAAAAAUAGCUGAAUUGUGGUAGAACGUGGACUGUCUUAAGCACAGUAAUUUGAAGGUGUUAGGAUUGCCUCCAGUCCAGAAGUUUUUCUGCAUUCAGAUGUUGUGGUUGUAGAGUGACCCAGUAUGUUUCAAGACAAAUUUUAUGCUGUAAUGCUCCCGUCUUACAUUUUAAGGUUACAGUUGUGGAUGCCCAAAUAAGAUGGUCCAAAUGCUAUGUAUAAUGCUUUUAACACACACACACAGUGAGUUUAUGUUAGUUUUAUUCCUGGAAGAAUUUCCAUUACUCCCAUUUGCUUCAUUUAAAGUAAGGUAGCUUGUGAACUGUUUACUUUAGAAGUAGGAACGUUAGCUGCUGCUUUUUCACAUCUCACAGACAUUAAUAUUUUUAAUACUCCAUGAACGUAGGAGCUUUUAAAAUAUUUUUCUCGUGUUUAUUUUGCAUUAAGAUUAAUGCAGAUCUUUUUCCACAUUAGUAUUGUAUAUAAAUUAUAAGCUUUGCUCAGCAUUUGAUGUCAAUUACUAACAUUAAUAUAGUUUUGCUAGGAUGUUUGUCUUCUUCAUCUGGAGCUCCAAGCUCUGGUGUGAUAAUUGGAGCUUCUUGUAAGUCAAGUUGGUAUGAGAAUCACUACUAAUAUAUUUUCAACAUUUUAUCUUUUGUAUGGUAAACACUCGUUUUGUUUUCUUUUUUAAGUCUAUAAACAGUUAAGCAUAUAUAAUAUAUAGUUUGUAUAGGACAGUGUUAAAUGUCUAUAAUAUAUAGUUUGUGUAAGUCUGUGUUAGACAUUCAGUGGAUAAGAGAAGCCACUAAGAGAAAAGUUUUAUUGUCAGUUUUUAUAAAUCACUUUGUGCCUGAGAAUAAUGAUCCAUAAGCCAGAGUAACUUAAUGCCUGAAGGACUUGAAAUUACUGCGGACUUUUCUGUAAAUUUUUGCAGUUGCAUGAUCAGGGAAACCUUGGAAUUAUUGUCUUAUCAGACCAUGUCUGUUACAAAAUUAUGAAAAUAACUGUGAUGUAGAUCAUCAUGGUUAUCGUACAGGAGUCACCGUCCUCGUGGUCAUUCUUAUUUUAGGAUAUAUGAACUUAAUUUCAGUACUGAACUCCUUCAUGGCUUAGUGUGAAUUGUAGUUUUAUGUCUUUGCAUUGACUUUACAGUGCUUUUAUUUUGCAGUAUCAUGCAUAAUGCUAAGUGGAGUCUUUUUAAUCUUACAUUGAACCAAAACUACCACAGUAAUGAACAUUCUUAGAUAUUGGGAUUGCUUUUUUUUUUUUCUGUAAAUUCAGGAAGUUUUGUUUGAAUGAACACUUAUUUUAUGUGUUUUUAAUAUGCCAUAAUAGAGAAUAUAUUUACAUACAUAUUAUAUAGUUGGGAAUACCCAGUUAAUCAGCUGAAAUAUUAACUGUUUAUGUUUUUUCCUUGUCUGCGACUUGUUUAGAGGCAAGAAAGGGAAAUGUAUGAAAUAUAAUUUCAGAGUUUAUUGAAAGAUGUAAACAGUAUGUUCUUAGAACUUAGCUUGUAGGGUGCAAAUUAUGUUAAGGAAAUUUGAAAAAGUUUGAAGACUAAUAUCCCAAAGAAAUGUACAGAAUUUACACUCAUAAAGAUUAAGACACAGCUUGUGUUUGUGAAGGAUGUAUAUCCAUAGCAGAAUGUAGGCAAGAACCCCGAUUAAACAUAAAUAGCUGAUUUUCAAGCCAGCACAAGACAUAUUUCCUUCUUUCUAAUAUAUGUGGUAACUUGGGAGUGGGAGAAGCAGUGAUGCAAGUCUCCAUCCUGCAUUUUAACAUUUCAUCAGACAAAGUAAUUUAUAUUGGUUAAAUGUUCAAACAUAUAAUGUUCAUGAAGAAAGCAGUUUUCUGGGAUGUGGCACUGUACACGGUGCCACAUCCCAAAAAACCGCUUUCUUCAUAGUCACCACUGUGAAAACCUAAAAUCUUACAUAUAAUGUUCAAUUUUCUAUGUAACUAUGUAACCAGUAGUACCACAAAAGUGUGGAAAAUUGAUAAGAAAAUCCAUUUUCAUACUACCUCAAAUCAGUUUCAUGAUCAUACUGGUUUUUCACUGUGGCAUUGCUUCCAGGACCUACUUGCACUGUUGUAAGAUAGGCUGAUGAAUUAUUCAGAUAAGUAAAUUGUAAUGAAUUGAUGUAAUUGGUUUUUAAUUAGUUGAGGUAAUGUUACGAAAAAGUAAAAAUGUUGACACAAAAUGUAAUGAGAUAUGUGCAGUCUCAUGCCUAUGAAUGAGAGAUGUGCAGGCUCAUGCCAAUGUCGUGGUCACAUCAUAUACAGGUAUGAUCGACCAUUAUAUGCCAUUUGUAAGCCAUUCCAGAAUAUAAUGUUGACCACAUCUGUCCAAUUGCUCUGGAAACUCUUAUGACGUUUGCCUUUACCUCACGUUCAGCACAAAUGAAGGAUGCAAGCAAAUAGGAGUGUCCUUUGUAUGGAAAUCUAUCUCGGUUGAAAUAUCCAAGGAACUGAACAUUCGUUGAAUUUGUGAUCAAAUAGCUCUUCUCAGGUUGAACAACCAUUCCAAAUUUCUCCAAAGUACUUCUCCUAUAUUUUCUAAAUUCAUGAUUCCUUCACCAAUAAUAAAAGAGUCAACUCCCAGGUACAUUUCGGCUACAGGGAAAUGUCCAGUUGUAUGAUAUAAAACAUGUCUCAUUACAAUUGUGUUUGCAUUUGAGUGAGUGAUGUUAAUAAACAUUGAUCCUGAUGGCACACCUCCUUUCUUUCUGAAUCUCUCACGGAUGUGUUGAUGAAAUAUUUCACCAGCGCUCAGAUGCGUUGUUUAUUCCAUACUGGUUUCACUGUCCAGGUUUUGCCAUCGGAUCCAAAGAACUUAGUCAAAUCAAAUGAGUUGAAAAUUAUCUUAAAAUCAUCGUGAAUGAGCCAAGGUGGAAUGCUCUUGUCGAAUUCUUGAUAGUCGACCAUUAAAUACUAGUGAUUCCGAUGUAUUCGACACGUCUUUUUUAUGUACGCCAUUCCUCCUGUUGCCAUCUCAGUGUGGUAGGCUAUCAGUGCAUCUUGAGUUUCCAACCGUUUAGUAUAUGGAUGAAAGAACCGAAAUUCUUCAACUAUCACAUCAAGUGGUAUUCCCGAAACUGCUCUGAUCUUAUUCUUUCCUGGGGUUGUUAUCUGGGAACAGAAAUACGCACGUCUGGGAACCCAAAGCCUUGUCGCCCAUUACCAAUGACUUCCCAUUGUCUGUAGAUUGAUCCACGAACUUUUGGAUAUGCAAGAGCUUCUCCUUUCAUCUUAAAGCCCUUCUCCCUCCAGGGUAAUCCACAGGAUUUAUCUUUUGAAAAGUUUCGGUUUUCUGUUGCUCCACCAAUCGUCAGAGGAACAAGUUUCUCUUUCGCUGUAAAGUCAUCUGCUGUGCUUUGCAUUACUACUAGGUACUGUUAGUUCCGCGGAACUCUAGCCAUGGUAGAGGGGUCAUACCAUCUCUCACGGACCGAGGGGGGGCAGCGUUAUCAGCUUAUGUCAGCAUGGGUACUACCAGUUUGGAAUGUAGCAUCUUGGAGUGUGGUCAGGUGUAUAGUACAAUGUGUUGCUUGUUAGUUGGUCUCUGUAGGCAAUGUUUUCCACUUGGGGAAUAGAUCUGAACAUCACCACAGCAAGCAUACAGCUUCAUGUGCUCCACAACAGCGUUUACCUUUCCGCGCAGCUAAAGCUAUGAGGCACUAACUAUAGGUAGGGUCAUGGCGAACCGUUGCAGGAGCAUACUUCCUGUCAUACUUCAUUAAGUCUUCUUUAACUGCCUAAGCUGAGGAAACGAAUCUUACAUAUUUGUCCAUGACAUUAUCCACAAAUCUUCGACCAAAGUAAAGAUUGGUGUAAGAACAAGUGACUUUGUGUAGACCACGUUGAACCCCUCCUUUCUUUCAAGCUUCUCCAUGUUUCCUUUGGCUCCAAAUGCAGCCAUUUGAAACCAACCAACCAUCCAACCAUAUGCAAUCUCAUAAUAUUUGGGCCUUUGGUGUUAUAGGUAUCUCAUUUGUGAACAAGGCAAUGCAGCUCAAUAAGACUGAUGAGUCUGUUGCUAUACUUGAAGAGGAUGCAAUGUAAAACGCUUUUUAAAAUCAGUGCAGAACACGGUCCUUCUAAAGUGUUCAGAAACUUUUCCAUUUUAUACAAAAUUGAUUUUCAAUUGAAGACCUGUAUUAUCCUUUAUGAUAUAUUAAUGAAUUACUCCAUAUCACAGCAAAGAGUAAAUUGUGAAACUGUGGGUGAAAUGAGAAUUUGUUUCAGCAUGACCGUGUUGCUUUCCUUCUUAACUCUUAUUUAUCUUGAUUUUGUACAAGAGGAGCUGUAGUUUGAUGUGAAUGCCAGAGAAAGUCAUUUGACUGCCUGAGUAUUUGGGUCAGGUUUCAAAAUUAAAAUUAGUAAUUAUUUCAUAGAACUGAAGAAAAUUUUCAUACAUUCCUCUCUCCAUGUAGUAAUUCGUUUAUACAUAUUGAAGUGGAAAUUUCUGUGUAGGCUUUUAAAAAUAUAUUCACUUGUAGUAAUUGGCCUUGUAUCACAGAAUGUAUGUUGGAAAUACGAAUAUAUUUCAACUGCC